GCGGGCGCGCGCGGGGCACCGGUGACUGAGCGGCCGUCGGGCCGGGGCGCCGGGCUCCGCGGGCCCACCGUGGGGUCCGGCUCCGCGCGGAGGGAGGCCGGGCCAGGCCCCUGUCGACGAUCGCCAUGGCGGAGAACUGGAAGAACUGCUUCGAGGAGGAGCUCAUCUGCCCCAUCUGCUUGCACGUCUUCGUGGAGCCCGUGCAGCUGCCCUGCAAGCACAACUUCUGCCGGGGCUGCAUCGGCGAGGCGUGGGCAAAGGACAGCGGCCUCGUGCGCUGCCCGGAGUGCAACCAGGCCUACAAUCAGAAGCCCGGGCUGGAGAAAAACCUGAAGCUCACCAACAUCGUGGAGAAGUUCAACGCGCUGCACGUGGAGAAGCCCUCGGCGGCGCUGCACUGCGUCUUCUGCCGCCGCGGGCCCCCGCUGCCCGCGCAGAAGGUCUGCUUGCGCUGCGAGGCGCCCUGCUGCCAGUCCCACGUGCAGACGCACCUGCAGCAGCCCUCCACCGCCCGCGGGCACCUCCUGGUGGAGGCGGACGACGUGCGGGCCUGGAGCUGCCCGCAGCACAACGCCUACCGCCUCUACCACUGCGAGGCCGAGCAGGUGGCCGUGUGCCAGUACUGCUGCUACUACAGCGGCGCGCACCAGGGACACUCGGUCUGCGACGUGGAGAUCCGGAGGAACGAGAUCCGGGCAAGUACCCCGCACGCGCACCUCGCGCGCGCGCGCGCCCGCUUGACCCCGACCCCGACCCUGGGGACACCCAUCCCGACUGGCUGGCGUCGGGACAUCGGGCUGGGCGCCCCCUUAAGUCUUCUCUGGAAGUUUGGGAAGAUGCUGAUGAAGCAGCAGGACCGGCUGGAGGAGCGAGAGCAGGACAUCGAGGACCAGCUCUACAAGCUGGAGUCCGAUAAGCGCCUGGUGGAGGAGAAGGUGAGCCAGCUGAAGGAGGAGGUUCGGCUGCAGUACGAGAAGCUGCACCAGCUGCUAGAUGAGGACCUCCGGCAGACAGUGGAGGUCCUGGACAAGGCCCAGGCCAAGUUCUGCAGCGAGAACGCGGCGCAGGCACUGCAGCUCGGGGAGCGCAUGCAGGAGGCCAAGAAGUUGCUCGGCUCCUUGCAGCUGCUCUUUGAUAAGACAGAGGACGUCAGCUUCAUGAAGAACACCAAGUCCGUGAAGAUCCUGAUGGACAGGACCCAGAGCUGCACGGGCAGCAGCCUCUCUCCCCCUAAGAUCGGCCACCUGAAUUCCAAGCUCUUCCUGAACGAGGUGGCCAAGAAGGAGAAGCAGCUGCGGAAGAUGCUGGAAGGCCCCUUCAGCACACCGGUGCCCUUCCUGCAGAGCGUCCCCCUGUACCCCUGUGGUGUGAGCGGCUCUGGGGCGGAGAAGCGCAAGCACUCGACAGCCUUUCCCGAGGCCAGUUUCCUGGAGACGUCUUCGGGCCCUGUGGGCAGCCAGUACGGGGCAGCGGGCACAGCCAGCGGCGAGGGGCAGCCCGGGCAGCCCUUGGGGCCCUGCAGCUCGACGCAGCACUUGGUGGCCCUGCCAGGUGGCGCCCAGCCAGUGCACUCGAGUCCCGUGUUCCCCCCGUCGCAGUACCCCAACGGCUCUACCACCCAGCAGCCCAUGCUCCCCCAGUACGGCGGCCGCAAGAUUCUCGUCUGCUCCGUGGACAACUGUUACUGCUCUUCCGUGGCCAACCACGGCGGCCACCAGCCCUACCCCCGCUCCGGCCACUUCCCCUGGACAGUGCCCUCCCAGGACUACUCCCACUCACUGCCGCCCGCGCCCUCCGUGCCCCAGUCCCUUCCUGGCCUGGCCGUCAGAGACUGGCUCGACCCCUCCCAGCAGCCCGGCCACCAGGAUUUCUACAGGGUGUAUGGGCAGCCGUCCACCAAACACUACGUGACAAGCUAACGCCACGCCGAGGCGGCGGGUGCUGGGGACCCUCCCCUGCCCCGGUGGCUUGGGAAUUGGGCACCCAGAGACCUGCCCUUCCACCUCCUCUCCCGCUUCCUCACACCACUCCCCAGAGCUUUGCCUUCUGGAUUUUGUUGGGGCCUCUGUUUUUGACUAUUUCUUUUGUUGUUAUGAACACGGAGGUGGCAGCGGGAGCUGGCCUGGGUGGCCCUGGGUCUGGGGGAAUGUGAGGGCUCCCCUCUCGCUGUCUCCCCUUUCCUUCCACUCCUUCCCCCUCACCCCUGGGGCUGGAAGGAACCUUGGUUUGCCCUGAAGCCUUGGGCACCCUCUCACUCCCCUGGAGGAGGGCCCGGUGCCUGCUGGCCUGCUUCUCCCUCCUGUUUUUCUUUUGGGCGUUUUGAUCACUGAUUAAGGAAUGAUCUAUAGAUUGUGGGACUUUUUUUUAAAUUUUUUUAAAACCAAGAAUGAUUUCUCUCCCUUCUCGCCGUCUUCCCAGACGGAGGUCAAAGGCCACUUCUCAAGCAGCUUUCGGCACCUUCAGCCUCAAAGUGGAAUCUACAGACAGGAACCUCGUGUCCAGGAAAGGGGAAAAGGAACUUUGCCAAUGAUAGUGACCACAGCAAAAGCAAAUAAUAAUAAUAUUAAUAAUAAUAAAGAAAUAAAGGAAAUAAUGAAAUAAAAACUGGCACAGCCCUUGUUGAGGUCUGUGGAGGAGGAAGGGCUGCCCAAGUUGGGUGCCUGCCUGCCUGCCUGGCGUCUGACGCAGCACCUUCCUGUAGUGAGCACUUUGGAUGAUCGUGGACUUCCUGUUCUCAAGGCGCAGGUAUUUAUUCUGUAAUGUCUGGAGCACACUGAAAUCCAACCUCCUAAUA